AUGGCUACCCCUAGUGUCCUCACUUUUGACGCUGAGGGUCGAGCCAUUGACUUUGAGGUCUGGGUCGACGACCUGCAGCUGUUUUUACAGUGCGAUAGGGCGGACGGUCUUUCUCUCUUUGACCUCACCUCUGGCGCCUCUCCUACCCCUGCUACUGAUGCUGACCCCACUGUUUGCUCUCAGUGGGCCACCCGCGAUGCUGCUGCACGUCUUGCUAUGCGUUGCCACCUGCCUACCACUGAGCGCGUGCACUUUAGUUA